AUGAACAGAAGAUUCUCACCAGCUAAGAAAGGCAAAGGAUUAGCCAGUCCAAUGGAACCUCCUAGAGCAGCUCGAGUAAAAAUACCUGAUUUUGACAAGUCAGAGUUGAUCCAUAACCAUGAACUUAAGCUGCUGGAAAAAUACUGCACAGGAUGCAAGUGUCUGAACCAUGAUAUUAAAGACUGCCCUGAAGCCUCUGAAAAGAGAGAAACACUUUUAUUCAAACGCUCAGAGAAGUCAAUAGACACCUAUCAGAGCAGAAAGCAAUAUGUAGGACCCUACACAAAAGAGGCAAACCAUAAGGAAGUAUCUCUAAACCUCUCCUCCCAUAGACAUGUAAGGCAACAAAAACCAGAAGAUAGAAGGGAUACUAGGGUCCCCUACUCGAGAGAUAAGGUUAAAGAGAGACAGCACUACCAACAUGGAAGCUACCAAUCUAAAGAGUAUAACUGCAGAUUCUCUCAUAUUCCAGGCAAUCCAAGAUCUCAAGCCUCAACUUAUUCUAGAGUUUCCCGCCAGUCUGAGCCAAGAGGGAAUACUACCAUGACUAAACCUAUAUGGAAAGAAAAGACCAGAAGAACUUUACCUGAAGCACUACGCUCUUCGAAGCUAUACAAACUGCUCUUGGAGAAGUACGAGAAGUCAUGGUACAAUACUCCAAUUGCGCUGAUCCCACUGAAAGUGCAGCCCGUAAAGAAAGAUUUCGGCUUGCUGAGGAACAAGGAGAAGUGGAAGAAACAGCAGUUAACAUUGUUAUAA